AUGCACACUUUUCGAUCCCCAAAAAAGAUCCUCUUGAGACAUGUAAAUAAUGACGAUAAUAAAAGAGCAGAAGACUUUUAUACAUUACACGGAGAAGACGAAUUGCCAUUGUGUUUGGAACGUGGAUACAAUGGUAUAACAACAGCCGAGUUUCCUUGUAGCACAUUUGUCAGAAUUGUUGGUUCAUGUUAUGGAACUUUCUUUUUGAAGAUUAAUAAUAGUUUGAGCCUAUGGAACCCUUCAAUUAGGCACAAACUAAGUGUGCCUAAAUGUCCUCAGAAACCUGAUGAACUUGAAACAUUCCCUUGGGCAGGGAUUGGGUUAGGAUUCGACCUAAUGAGUGAUGAUUAUAAAAUUGUGUGGAUAUCAGAGUCAAGAAAAAGUUCAUUUGUUUAUGCGGUGAAAACGGGUGCUUGGUGUGAGAUUGCCUCCCCUACACCUCAGUUUUCUUAUGUGUUAGAUGAUGCCUUGUUUUUCAAUGGAGUGUUGCAUUGGGAGGUACAUCGUGAUCAUAUCAAAUCACAAGACAUAUACCUUCCUUCUUAUAUACUGACAUUCGAUUUGAGCACUCAUGUUUUUGGCAUGAUUCGGUUGCUUGAACCUGGUUGGUGUUGGAGAACAACAGAACUAACAACCAUCCAAGGUUCUCUAGCUUUGAUUUCUUAUCGUAUGGAUGUUGAUGAUACUUGGAUUCGGGUAUGGAGAGAUGCUUCUUGGUAUGUGGUUUUUAAAUUAGGAACAAAUCAACUUCCAAUUGAAGGAGCUUUGCAAUUGAAACCACAACCGACCAUCAAUGAUGGUGAUUUGUUGCUCAAAACUUUUGAGGAAGGGGUCCAAGUUUAUAAUCCCAAGACGCGGGUGCGAUCAAGAGUAGUCAACUUCAAUGUUGCUUCUUACGUAAUAAACUUUUUUGAGUAUGUCGAAACCCUUCAUUUGUUAGACAAAUCAACCAUCUGA